AUGCUUGCAGUGCUUUUCUCAAAAAUAGUGAGUUUCACUGAGUGCAAUUUCGCGGAUGGCUACUACAAAUACCAUCAAGUUUGAUACUGUAAAACAUACUGGAACGAAGUUCGAUGAGUGGAAUUAUGAUAUUCAAAACAAAUUUAGACGGAAGAAAUCGAGAUUAGGUUCGGGAUCAAUGCUGCCGCCACGCACCCGUACGCGUCGCGGUCGCGUUACGACUGUGAGCGUACCCUUGCCCUUAAUAUACUUAAAUUAGCUUUUACUUUUUAAAUUGGUCUUUAUCAUUACUGAUAUGAGUAGAUCAAUAAAGGCACCAAGAAUAAAAUAAAUUUUUCAAAAUUUUUUUCUUUCCGUUGAAAUAAAGGGGGGUUUUCACUAAAGUGUUUCAUAUUGUAGAUCAUUCUUCACAUGAUAAUUUCAGGAAAUAGGGCAUUCUUCGGUUAAAGUGAAAAGGCCAAAUAGUACAAUUUGUACCGGGGAGGUCCGCCUUCAGUUAAUUUAUUUACUAAGACUUUUUUUCAAAAAAUAUAUUCACGGUAUUGCCCAGAUAUUGGUUUUUAUAAAAAAAAACACUGUUUUCAAAAUGUGCUGCGCUCAUGAAUAGACAUUUUUAGUUUCUCGUUUAUCAAAAGAAGAUUUUGUGUUCUCAGGUUUUUUCGCCCUGUGUCAGAACAUGCUUCUUAAAAAAAAGCGUUUGUUUUUAAAUAGUUUCCUUGAUUUCGGACCCGGUAGAAUAGAUUCGAUUAUAUUAAAAUAGACUUGCCCGGUUUAUUAUUAUUUUUUCUCUCUUGUUCUACCUUACACUGACCAAAAUUUCGUAUCUCUCUGUGUCUUCACUUUUUCUUCAUAAUAUUCCUUCAAACUCUUAUUCAAAUUUUUCGUUCGAAUUUCUUCAAUUUUUUUAUGCUUUUUAGAAAAAUUAGGUGUUUUUCAAGAUUUUAUCGCUUAUUUUUGUGUAUGAUUUGUGUUAUUGAGUUGCUCUAGUUUCAAUGUGGCUUUUUUUGAUUUUUUAUAUUCGAAGCAGUUCGAUUUUUUUUAUCGUAUUGGUGUAACAAAAAUAUGCAAGAGGAAUAGUCACUUUUUUCUUUUUUUAUAGUAUGAAAAAAAAAAAAUCAACUUUUUGGUUCUCGCUUGCUUUAAAAUAUUUUUCGAAUCUUCGUUCAUGGUUUCUGAUGAAAUAUCUUCUGACACAGUUAAUGCUAGUGCAUAUCGGACACAUUGUUGUAUAUUUUCUGAAUGAAACAUCUAUAUUUCAUCGUUUUUAGUUUGUGAAAACUUUAUUUAUACAAUCGGAUUUCUUUCAGAUAUAGUUGGCCCUGAAUGGUCGACGCCGUCGAUGCGGGGAGCGUCUGCCUCAUCAGCCACAUCAUCAUCUUCUCCGUGGCCACAUCCUACUACGCAAACUAGUGAGCUUUAAAGGGAAAUUCGUAAUCCAAGACUUUUGUAGAUAUACUCAACACGGAGAUUGACUCUACCGCUUCGCCACGGUCAUCCAUCGCUCGCUCCACUCCAAGCUCAGAACCUGACCGUUCCGUUUGGGGCGCCACAACGAUAAUUGAGACGGUUAAGAGCACAAUUGUCCCUUCGGCAACUCACCCUCGUGAUGAGUUUGUAGAUGCGAGCCGUGUUGAAAUAUCCUGCAGCGGUCAGUUCUUUUCAUUCAUUAUUACAUUUUGUUGUUUUUUUUUCUAGUUAUUAAAGGAAAAGGAUUUGACUGAUUUUUCUUAAUGCCGUGUUCGAAGCAAUAUCCGCGAAGUGCAAAAUUAACUAUUCAAAUUUCAGUCAUUUUUUCUUUCUCUGACGGCCAUUUUCAGUUUCGCGGAAUCACUUUGAACACGGCAUAAAAUAAAAUAAUUGCAUUUUCUUCUUCAAAAUGAUGCAAAAUAGGAUUUAUUUUGGAGAGUCAGAUAUAACUUCAAAUUUCGGCGAGUUAAUUUGAACACUGCUUAAACCAAGAUAUCGCAACAAAAAACUAAAAAAAAAAUACGGCUUAUCAGAAUUAAUAAAGUUUUGGACAUUAUGCCGCCUUCGAAGUAAUUUCUGCAAAAAUUAAAAAUCUGUGACCCUCCAAAAUUUAGUUUUCUUUUUCACUCUCUGACGGCUGUUUCGAAAAAUCACUUCGAAAACGGCAAUAAAAUUUUCAGCCUUGAAUCUUGUCUGAAAUUAUCUAGAUUUGACUUUUCUUCUAUUUUUCAAAUCCACGUUUUUGCAUUUUUCAGGAACUCCUUCUACUAGUAAGCAACAGCCGUCGUCUUCGAAAGAAUCUUCUCCACGCAAAGCUGGAGUAAAAGAAGAAGCAGAAGAAGAAGAAGGAGAAAAUUCUAAAAAGGAGGAUUGCACUCCAGAGAAACCUUCUCCCUCGAAAAGCGUCGACGACAUCCCCAAAAAGGAAGCCGAAGGUCCUGACUUAGGUCAGGACGAGCCGAGUACCUCUUCUAAAGGUGGGUAUCUUUUUCUGAUUAUUUGAAAAUUGAUUGCUUUCAAGAGGAUAUGACCUCUUCGUCUCGUACACCAAAUCGACGGAUACGGUGUACGUUUCGACUACCCCUGAAGACUGGCCUCCGAUUAAAAAGGCUUGCUAGUGUUCAACCGAACACGUUGCGAUCUUUAGGUGAUUAAACUCUCCCACUUUUCGAGUAAAUUUGUAUUCGUUAAGGUCUGAGUGCAAUAAAGUUGGGGGACAACGAGGUGAUACGGAUGGCGGAUUUACCUGUCACAGCGGCCAUAGUCCCCAAUGUGGCAGCGACGACGACCACCACCACGGUGACGCCUCCCACCGUGACGACGUCGCAGCCGGCGACUUCUGUCCAGACGACGCCGACGCCGGCCGCUUCCAUCGUCACCGUCAAACAGGAACCUCAGGCGCUUGCUCCUGCUCAGCAGUCGACAGCGCAGCCGUCUCCUCAUCCCACUCUGACGACGCCAGUAGCGCAACAACCGCCGCCGGCUGCUGCUGGAGUCAUGAGACAGCCUCUCGAUCCUGCAGAGUAUGCAGCGAUGCGAGCUCGUGGCAUGCCGCCAGAAGCUUUCGAAAGAAUGUGAGUGAGAAAAAGUUCAUUGGGUUGACCUCUGAAACAAAAAAAUUUAGCGUCAGGCUUCAUUUUGGAAAAUUCAGAAAAGAAGAUGUUUCAACAUUGAACAAAUAGUAUUUUUAUAUGCGGAAAAUCAUAUUUCUCUUCAUUUCAUAUAGCGGAUUCAUGGCUGGCUUGAGCCAUCGAAAAUAGGGUCCUGGCACGAUAAGAAAAGAGACACUUCCUAGUUAGUAGAGAGCGCAGACAUUCCACGACUUUUUGCGUCCCAAACUAGCCGUGAUUCAGCUAUACGGUUGCUGACCUCUAUGUUUGAGUUUAACGAGCAAAUAUCUAUUCAGAAAUUUUCAGGGGUUUGCCGCCCUAUCAUGCGGUCCCAGAAGGCAUGCAGAUGCACGCGAUACCUGGCCACCCCGUUCAACAAGUUCAGCCCGGUCAGCAGCCGCAUCCAAGUAUGCUGGUUCAAAGAUUGCAGCCGACUGUUUCCAGUAACAGUAACAGUCCACUGUUGGUGAAUCUGCUAAGGUUUUCCCGAAAUUUUUGGAACAAACCUCUACGAUAUGUUCUUCUCAGCUCUCAACAACAGCAACAGCUCCAGCAGCAGCAGUCUCAGAACCCACCGGCGGCCCAACCUGCCCCAGCUCAACCACAGCAAUUGCCACACGCGCCCCAACAGCCAGGAACCACGGCACAAGCUGCGCCUUACGGGUAUCCUCAACAUGGGGCUGGAGUUGACCCCCAACAUCUUGCUGCGAUGCAACAACAGCAUCAGGUAACACUUUCAAGCUCAAAAAAACUAAAAGUGCGAAAAACUGAAAAAAAGGUUGGAAAAGAGUUUCGUGAAGCUUUUUUUCUAGGCUUUGUGAUUAGUUCAACAUACACGGCCACAAUCCAAAAGGUCUCAAAAAGGACUUUUGGAAGAAAGGCCUCAGAGAUACUCUUUUUUUUUGACCUUUUUCUGAAAAGAACCUUCUAAGGAGGAAAAAAAGGAUGAGGCGGAAAAAAUGAAACAAGGAGGUUUCGAAAAACAUUUCACUUCUUAGCAGCCCAAAAAGGAGCUUUAAACUCUUCUUUUUGAGGUCUUUUGGACUUUGUCUUGUAUUGGCGUACAACGAAGAGAAAACUAAGGCAUAGAUUUUAAAAGAAAAAUUUUAUAACAUUUUCUUUUUCAUAAUUUUCAUAACUGUUGCCAUCUUACAGAUGAAAAAGAAAGAAUUUCAGAAAACUGAACAAAUAAGUUGUAGAGAACGUAAAAUUGUAUUUUUGCAAACAUUAUCCAUACAGGACAUUUUUUUUCAGUCAUUUAAGUUUUGGAAUGUAUUCCCUGAGGUGAAAAAAAAACUGUUUCAGAUCCAGCACCAGAGAAUGAUCCAACAACAACAAGCCGCUCAUGCCGCUGCAAUGCACCAACAGCAGCAAAUGGGCGCAGGACCGUCUCAGCCCGCUGUUCAGCAGCCGCCGACGACUCCGACUGCCGGCGGAGGCUACUAUCCGCCGCCGCAGCCAGGGACUCCGCAAAGACCGCCCAUGGUAGUUAUCAUACAUUUUUUCUCUAAAAAAGCAUAUAACGAACUUUCUUCAUGAAGAAUGAUGACUUAAAGCGUGAAUUUCCUUUUUUUUUUAUCCCUUUAGGUCUGAGGUUUUUCUUUUAAUUUUUGUGCACUGGCUUUUAUUACAAAUUAUAAUAAAAAAAUGCAAACGUAUUUUUCUCAAGCCACUCGUUUUCGUGAUGUUUCUAGAAUUUAUUAGAAGUCCCAAUUUGCCUCCUAUAGUCUGCUCAAAUUGUGAAUGUCAAGUCGGCGCUCAUGCUCCGCACCUCAAAUCUUUGAAAGAGUUUUCUCAUCUUGAAAAAUUUUUGAAAGUUUCGUCUCGAUAUCAAAAAAAAAAGUGUCUCAAAAAAUUCUGAUUACUUCUUUUUGAAUAUAAUUUGCCUUUUCAAACAGUUGAUUUUUCAAUUUUUAAGCCGUUUCACUUGCAAGAACACGGCUUCAUAAAUUUUUUUUUACACGGUUUUUUGAUUUUUUUUUUUUUGAGGGACAACCAAACAUCCUUAUAACGAUAGAAAUAUAUGGAAGAGUGUAAAACCAUGAUUACAGGUGUAUGGAUUGGCACCUGGUCCAGGAAUGUAUCCUCCUGGGCAUCCAGUCGCCGUCCAACGGAUGCAGUCUUAUCCACCGCCGGCACAACAGCAAGUUCAGCCGCAAUAUCGCCCCGCCGCUCCUCAAGAGGUUUUUUUCUUACCUUCUCGUUCUUUUUUUGACACGAAGAAAACGGUUUAGAUCUACUUUUGGAGUUGAGACGCUUCAAAUGGUUAAAAUAACAGUUUUCGUCAAUUUUUUUUUGUCGUUUUUUUCAAACUCUGGAGCUUCAAAAAUCACGUUCUAUUGGAGGCCCUAAGGUACAAUUCAACAAAGUUUCAUCAAAAGCUCAAUAAUGGGCCUAAUUUGAUUCUUUUUUCUCGGUCAAACUUUCAUUAAACGAAAGAGAGGCUUGCAAGCACGAGAAAAUGCAUCGUUUUUCAAGCUAUCACUGAAAAAAAGCUCUUUUUUUCUUUUCCAAUCAGGAGCCUCAACCUGCACCGCCACCGAAGAAGAAGAAAAGACCGACGAAAAAGCAGCAAAAAGAGGCGGAAAUGGCCGCAGCCGCGGCGGCCGCCCAACAGCAGACGCUGGCGGCGCAGCAGCAACAGCAGCAACAGUCGAUGGCCGCCCAACAGCAGCAGCAACAGCAGGGCUACUACGGCGAGCGGAUGAUGCACCACAUGCCUGUAAGUUUUCUCUUACCAUCAAGGAAAAAGUAAGAAUAGUCUCGGGCAGCGUCGGAAUGGUGCAUAAUGGCCGCUGAGAGGGGAGAGGCUCGAAAAAGGCAGUAAAAAGAGUCCCUUUAUUGAGCCUACCAUUUUUUCUAGGAUUUUAAAGGCUCCAGGAACAGUGGAAAAAUGUAUAGGCAGCAAAAAUGGUGUAUAAGAGCCUAAUAGAGCAAAAAGGCAGCAAAAAAGGAAAAUUGGUCACCCUGAAAGGAACAUUUCUAUGGAGCUUUUUUUCAUCCUUCCUACUUUGUUUCUUUGAAAAAAAAAAGCGAUAUAUCACCGUCAGCGUAAUUUAAAUAAUUAAAAAGUCGCUGUCAGCUCGACAAAAGGGUCCUGACACGAUAAGAAAAGAGACGGUGUCUGUUUUUUGCGUCCCAAGUUAGCCGUGAAUCGGUUAUACUUUAAAUAAAAUAGCUUAAAAACAAAAACUAUUAGACUAAAUGAGAAGAAAAAAGCUUCUAGAUUGAAGCGAAAGUUCUUCGGAGUAAAGGAGUUCAGAAAAAAAAAAUAAUGACGCAAGUGAUGUGAUUUUAGCCGGCUGGAAUGCACAUGAUGCCUGGUACACCCCACGGCUACCCCCCGGGCUACGGACCUCCCGCUGGUCAUCCACAUGGAGCCGUUCCUCCAGCUCCUGGCUAUCCUGGCUACUCGCCGCAAAACGCCGCCGCGCAGCAACAAAUGUGGCAUCAGCAUGUAUGGAAACCUAUUCUCUUUGAUUAUUCUUCACUGACGCCUAUUCAGAUGCAGCAACAGCAGCGAAUGCAGAUGUUUCACCAACAGCAACAACAGCAGCAGCAGCAACAGCAGCAACAACAGCAGCAGCAGCAGCAACAGCAACAGCAGCAUCAACAACAACAGCAGCCAGGAUGGCCUCAACAAAGGCCGCCUCCCGUCGCGUAUCCUGCUCCGGGCAGUCAUUCCGCCGUUCCACAAGGUUCUCUUUCUUUUGGCGAUUAGGGGAGAUUUUUUUCAUAUAAAGGUCUUCUCUCAAGAUUUUUUCUAUUAAUUUGGUAAUUAUUAAAUAGUUCUGGUAACAACGAUUAGUAUGAGACGAUUUUUGGAAUAAUAUUAUUGAAUUUCUCGAAAGUCGAAAAAAAAGCUUUAAAAAUUGUUCUCAAAAUCAAAUAAUUUAUUUUGUUGUUUUAUAGAUAGAUCAAAUUGACUAGGAGGUGAACAAGAACUUUAGAAGCUAUAACGAACAACUUGCGGUGAACUAGAAGCCCAAAUGUGUAGUUGAUCAAGUUGGUAACAUGUUCUUACCCUCGUUCUUCUGCGCGUAGUCCCUCCAGUUGCACCUUGACGAGCUCAGAAUGUAGCGAACCGUGUGCUGGAGCCCGUAGAUCUAGGUGGAAGCUUCGGAUUAAGAACGGCCACUUCGAGUGAAGACUUCACGAAAUAUAAAAAAAAUCUCUCAAUAAAGAACAUUUCUUACAAGCUCUUCGAAUUCUUCGACCUUAUUUAAAUUUUUACAGGAGAAUAUCCUCCUGAGUCUCAAGCUCAUGCAUAUGGUGCACACGGCGGUCCUCAACCGCAAAUUGGGGUAUGUUUUAAUCAUUUGUAUGCUCCUUCAUUUCAUUGAGUGUACAGGCGCCUUUUGUUCGUAGCGACUCGGCUGCCAGUAUGUACAGCGGAUUUGGAAGCCAACAACACGCUCCACAAUCGGCUGCACCCCGGGAAAUCGACGUUGACGCCGUCGAUCAGCUUUUCGCUCCCUCUGAACAUUGUGAGCUAUCAAUUUUGCUAGAGAACGAUAUAAGCUAGAGCGGGCGGAUGAAACUUGACAAUUCUUUCUAAGAACAUCUUUUUGGGAGUGUCAUUUUACUUUUAUGAGGUUUUCAAGAAAAUUAUAUAGAGCUAAUUUUGCACAACAAGCCGGAUUUUUUUUUUGGUCUUAAAAUUUAACGACUCAAAAGGAGCAAAAAUGCUGUUUUCAGAGGCUCAAUUUUCGAGGAGUUUUACCAACAUUCAAUUGAGACAGGGAUUUGAAAAAUUUCGAGCUUAAUCUAUAAGACGAUCGGUCUUGGUUCAGUUUAUAUCUUCAGCUAAAUGUUGAGAAAAAAAAAAUAGACGAAGGAGGCCGGAAAGAAGCUGUAAAGCAGUCACUUGAGCGACGCUUGGCGUGUAUAUCCUCUUCACAUCAAUUUUUUACCUCUUCAAUGUAGGGGGAGAUUCAAUUUUCCGAUUUCAGUAGCCGAUCUUGGACCAGAUCUUGGCGAUCUGGACGACAUCGAGCCGAUGAACGUGCUGAGCGGCGGCGACCCGAUGUUGAGCGGCGCCUCGACGCAUCUCGCAUUGGAAUCCAUCCUACCCAGCACUUCUCAGUCUCAUUCCCAACAACAGAGUCAAUCCACCGACACACCUACAAAGUCUAACGGCGAUCAUAUUGGUUCGUUUUUGCUGCAUUUCUGCUUCCUAGCCUUCUUUUCCCUAUUUUCAUGGCGCUAAACUCGUUUAUCGGAGAAAAAAAAAUAGUAAGAAAGGAAGGUAAAUCAACCUAUUUUGGCAUGAAAAAAAAAUAGCCAAUUUUUAACUACGACUUUUCCAAUUUUUUCAUAUCGCUAGGGAACCCCAUAGAUGGGCAAGUGCAGAGCCGUUCAGCCCGGGAGGAGGGUGUGGCUUACGAAAAUCUUAAAAAUUAGGAAUAAAAUCAAGUUCCAACCUCAAGGAGAUCGUUUGGUCAUAAUAAUGCAAGUUUCCGUUUAAGGGAGGUAGUAUCAUCUUUAGUUCAGGAAAACUUGGGAAGAAGGGGCUUUAAAAAUUGUUCUGCUCAUGUAUUUUUUCGAAUUUUUUCCCCUUUCGGUUCAUAAAAGAUCUAUCAACAUUUUUUUCCUCUUUCUUCGUGUUUUAAUCAUAAAUCAUAAACCUAUUUUUAUAUAGGAAAAUUCAAAAAUGAAAAAGUUUAUCGAGAAAAAAAUAGUCGGAAACUUUGUCAGAAAGCUCCCCUAGCGAUAUGAAAAAAACUGUAAAAGUCGCCGUUCGAAAUUUCGCAUUACGCUCAUAGAACCAAAUCUUUCAUUUUUUUCAUAAUAGAUCACAAUAAACUCAUAUUCAAAAAGCAGUUUGACGAUUUACAGAGUCUUCCAUAACCGAAGUUGUCGAAAUGGUAGCUAGGACCGGUGGAACAACGCAAAAAGACUUCGGCUCGCAAAGAAGAUCGAGUAAUCCUCACAUGCCUGGUACAUCUAGUCCUGGAGGUACCUUUGGAAACAAAUUUUAGUCCUGGAAUGAAAUUAGGAUUUUGUUUUUCAGGGAACUUGUCUCACGAGCACAACAUGAGAGCUCAUGCAUUUCACGGAGGAAUGCGCGGAGGGAUGGAAAAUGGAAGAGUUGUGAACGGCCAUGAACAGGUGACUUUUUUCAGUGGUUAAGGUCGUACGAAUCUGAAGUUAACAAUUUUUAUAAAGCUACGAAGCUUUCUGACGAUCAAAGAUUGGAUAGGUAUACUCGUGGUAACAUGUUGAAAAUGCAAUCCAUCGUGAUGCCUUUUUCCGAUUAGUUAGUGUUGAUUGGAAGAAGUAGUUGUAAGCGAAUCUACUCUUAAGGUAAGAAUUUCGUUUGAAGAACUAUAGUUAUGUCAUUUUUUGAACUUGGUACUUACUAGGGAAUGUUUUUCAGCCCCUUCCAGUUGAUUUUUGAUGAAACUUCGCUAAACGUGUACUUUAGGAACUCCUGAUUGCAGAACAAGCAAAAAAAUUUUCGCAAUAGAUUUGUUUUUCGACUCACGACACUACAAAAGCUUGAAAUAGCGCUUUUUGUCAUAAUUCAUGUACUUUUCGGACUUUGAAGCUUCAUACAAAGUUUCAACGAAAGUUCAACGUUCCCUAGUUAGUAUUGCAAGAUAUUCCUUUUUCUGAGAAUUUUUGUCACUCUUUCAACUUCAUUUUUUUCCCCUAGUGAUAUGAAAAAAACGGAAGUCGCCGUAGAAAAGUUCGUUAACUCUUACUAAACAAAAAGUUAUUCCAUGCGUAAGACUUUUUUCUUUUCUAGCCAAAUGGUGCGCGAAGGGCACAGUCACAACUGGACCUCGAAAUGGCGGACGCACAAAUCGCGGAAUUCGCCAAGACUGUUGGAGAGCACGACAAGAAGAUCAAAGCGGCUGCCGCUGAGCAAAAAGCGAAACAACCCAGAAAAGCGCGGCGGAAAAACGAGAAAGAACCUGGGAAUCGCAAGGAGGAAACCGAGGCGUUUUUUCAGGAAGGUACGUACAGAAAUUAUAUUUUUUCGGUCAAAUUAGGAGAAUCGGAUUCUUUUUUAUACAAAAUGGAAUGAAUUACAGAAUAAUUAGUCCAUACUUUUUCAUUCAAAACUUUCUUAUCUUCAUUUUUUUCUUUUCUCUGGUUCUUCUUAUUCUUUUUUUGAGAAGUUGAAAAAAAUAAUAAAGGAGAUCCGUCACUUGGCACGUUCUUUGCAAUGCUGCAAUUUUAAGAAAACCCGAUUUUCACUUGUAUCUUUUAGUUGUUGUACACAAAAAAAAAAUCUUACAGAUUUUAUGUUUUUCAGGAGCGCCUAUAGGGUACCAAAGGCCAAACAUGAUGAAUGCUCCGCCUAUGAAUCAACCCCCGCAGCAUCAUCAGCAGUAGUCUUUUCCAAGUAAUAUAUCCCUUGUUGUCCCAUUUCUCCACUGACAUUUGCAGUCUACCUUGUGGUUCUCCCCUGAUGAAGAUCUCGUAGAUGUCGAAGAAUUUGGCGUUUAACGUCGCUACUCGAUCCUUCCCGAUGGUUUUUCUCGCCCAAGAGGCUCUAGUCAUUUCGUACGUUUUUCUUUUCCGUACGUCAUUUUUUCAUACAACGAAAUCCUUUCUUCUUUUCUUCCCAGAGUGCUUCUAUUUCAUAUAUUUAGUUUAUUACUUGUCGAGAGUGUGAGAAUGCUUAAGAUUGAUGUUUUGAACGAAAUUCCGAACAAAACAGCAGUUUUUGCUCACGAUUCGUUUUUUUUUCCUUUUUACUUUUUCUUCUGGGUAUUACUGAUCCAUGCCCGUCGAAUACCGGUUCAUUGACUAAAUUUUUACAACUGUUGCUAUAUUUGAAGUCACAUCGUUUGUCCUGAUGAUUAUUAUUAUUUAUUGAAAAUUAUAUCCUUGAACUUCGUCGCAUUAAUCUUGUUUUUCAUUACUUAAAAAUGAGUCGUUCGGCGCGUUUUGCUGCUGGGUCGGCUUGUUCGUCUUGUGAAUCGCAAUUUGCUCAAUUUUUCUUCCUCAACCUUCCAAUCCCUUCCUUUUCUUUUCUCUUCUGAACUUCUCCCCUUUCCUUUUCCGUUGCACAUCACGUAUAAAUAGGUUCUAGUAGAUAGUGUUGAAGAAUCAAGCAGAAGAGGCAUAAUUGUUUUUUAGGUGCAAGAGAAAUGUGAACACACUGAUCUUUUUCAAAUGUUUUAUAAGGAAAUCGACAAAAAAUGUUCAGUUGUUCACAUUUCCAACAUUUCCCGGCUCUCUCUCUCUCUUUCACAAACGCUUCUUGUUUCUAACACGCCUUGAGACAAUUUGAGACUUCCCCACUAACAACUAACAUUUAGACUUUUUUUUCUAAAUGAUUUGGAUCGAAUUUAAAGUCUUAGAUAUUGUCCAAAGGCAAACUGGCUUGUUACCUCAGUUCAGACGGCACUAAAAAUUUCAUCAGAAGACGAAAUUUUCGUCAAAAUUCUGUAAUGAGAUGUUUGGAAAUGAAUACUACGAAAAAAAUAGUUCAACGCCUGUUUCUUGCCCGAUAAAAGUUGAAAGCUUCCGAUUAAUAGGGUUGUCUGAAUAGGAAAUGAGCUCCCCGCACUGCAUUCUACUCCUUUCUCACCUCUCUAAACUAUUUACGAACUUAAUCGUACUUCUAUAGCUCAACUUAGUCGACUCACUUGUACUUCUCCAUUUUCACACUCUGUUGUUGACCUAUUCGUUGGAAGGAAGCCUUUGUACAAAUUUCUCAAAUUUGACUCUCGUCUAUUCUUCUUAAAUGUUUCUUUGAAUAAUUCUCUUCUUUGUAAUAUAGUAUAUAGCGUAAGUUAUUAUUAUAAAAAGUUUUAUCAUACAGUUUUUUUGUUCCGUGAUUUGAAACAAUUAUGUGGAUGAAUAUGGUCACAAAUUGGAACACGAAGGCGUAAAUUGUCGUCAAUAUGCAAGUCAUCGGUGACUCGGUUAUAUGAAAGAACGGAAAAAGCGAAUUUAUUCGAAAGAUGAGUGUCUUUUUACGAUUUACAAACAGAAUAUGCCUAUUAAAUGGGACCGACACAACCUAUUCAUGGUUCACCAUGUCUUUCAAUAAAGAAGUAAGUUCCUUUUUUGGUUUUUUACAGUUUCGCUCUUCGGAAGAUCAGUGUCCAAUAAAAUUGAAAACAACAUUCAUAUUUCUUACUUAUUCUGUCAUCGGAUAUUCAGAAAUUAUCAUCUUUGACUAAAACCGCCACCAAGGCGGUUCAAGAACAUUCGAAAAGCGCGUUGGAGGAAGAACUUGAAGAAGCCAAAAAAGACCCUAAGGUAAGCCAAAAAAAUGAAGUUUAUUCAGGGUCCCGCCAUCUGGGAAAAUUUUUAGUGGCCACUAUAGUGUUUUGACGUUUUAGUGGCCUUACAGGGAUAAGAGUCUUAUAAGGAUAAGAGUCAAGUUAGUGGUCACUUAAGGGGUUAAAAAUUAGUGGCCGUUAUAGAGGUCUAAUGCCGUGUUCAAAGUGAUUCCGCGAAAUUCAAAAUAGCCGUCAGAGAAAGAGAAAGAUAACUAAAUUUUGGAGGGUCAGAGACCAUUUUGCAUUUCGCGGAAAUUACUUUGAACACGGCAUAAGUUCUAUACUAAACCACUAAAAGUUUUAGUGGCCACUUUAGGGGUCAAUGGAUCAACAUAACUGGUCCAAUCUGUUAGUUUUGUAAUUAUCAGAGUUACUGGAAGGAAUACUGGAUGAAAAACUACUGAAGUGGCCACUAUAGAGGUGGUUUUAGUGGCCACUUUAGAGUCCUCUCAAAUUAGUUCUUGGCGAGCCUCUACUGUGACCACUAAAAAUUUUCCCAGAUUGUUAGAGUUUGAGAAAAAAUAAAGGUUUUUUUCAGGCCUAUGCUGGAACGAUUAAAGAGAAAAGGGUUGACUAUGAAAAAAAAGUCGAAAAAGUUGCUUCGGCGGUCGUUGAAGACGUCAAAUCUCAAUCUACAUGA